GGGAAAAAUAAAAAAUAAAAAGCGAACGGAAUGAAAGAGUAGUGAGGAGUGACGACAGGUAGCUUUCUUUCCCUGUCCAAGCUCUUGUCUUGCUAGAAAAGGGAAAUCAUGAACGAAAACGAUAAAGAAAAAUCAAAGGAAAAGCAAGAACCAAACCAGAACUAAAUCUCUAAACCAUGCGACCCCAAGAUCACCCCCAGCAACCUCUAUUGCUCAACCGAGGAGAAGAAGAAGAAGAAGAAGAAGAAGAAGAUGAGCAGGAAACCGCUUAUGAUUCUGACGAGAAAGUCCACAUCAUCGGAAUCGACGCUGACUCCGACUCCGACAACGCGCCGCCAUUCUCAUGGAGAAAGCUUUGGCUUUUCACUGGUCCCGGUUUCUUAAUGUCCAUAGCGUUCCUUGAUCCCGGGAAUUUGGAGGGGGAUCUUCAGGCUGGAGCGAUUGCUGGGUAUUCGUUACUCUGGCUUCUCUUGUGGGCCACGGCUAUGGGGCUUCUCGUUCAGCUCCUGGCGGCUCGGCUCGGCGUGGCGACUGGGAGGCAUUUGGCUGAGCUGUGUAGAGAGGAGUAUCCCUCGUGGGCUCGAAUGGUGCUGUGGAUUAUGGCUGAGUUGGCUUUGAUAGGGGCUGACAUACAGGAGGUUAUUGGAAGUGCUAUUGCUAUUAAGAUUUUGAGUAAUGGGGUUUUGCCUUUAUGGGCUGGCGUUAUAAUCACCGCUUGUGAUUGUUUUAUCUUCCUAUUUCUUGAGAACUAUGGUGUGAGGAAAUUGGAAGCAGUUUUUGCUGUUCUCAUUGCAACAAUGGCACUCUCAUUUGCUUGGAUGUUUGGUGAUGCAAAACCCAACGGCAUGGAGCUUCUUCUGGGUAUUGUAGUUCCUAAACUGAGCUCCAAAACAAUACAACAGGCUGUUGGAGUUGUGGGUUGCAUUAUCAUGCCUCACAAUGUAUUUUUGCAUUCUGCUCUUGUGCAGUCAAGGGAUGUUGACCACACCAAGAAAGGCCGGGUUAAAGAAGCUCUCAGAUACUACUCCAUAGAAUCUACUGUUGCCCUUAUAGUAUCUUUCAUUAUCAAUUUAUUUGUGACAACCGUGUUUGCGAAAGGUUUUUAUGGUACAGAACUGGCAAAUAAUAUUGGCCUUGUGAAUGCUGGGCAAUACCUUCAAGAGAAAUAUGGGGGUGGAUUUUUCCCAAUUUUGUACAUAUGGGGUAUUGGAUUAUUAGCAGCCGGCCAGAGUAGCACUAUUACUGGCACUUAUGCCGGGCAGUUUAUUAUGGGAGGUUUCCUGAACUUGAGAUUGAAGAAAUGGCUCAGGGCAUUGAUCACCCGAAGCUGUGCAAUCAUCCCUACUAUGAUUGUUGCACUUGUUUUUGAUACAUCUGAGGACACUCUGGAUGUUCUAAAUGAAUGGUUAAACGUGCUUCAAUCGAUUCAGAUUCCUUUUGCACUUAUCCCUCUUCUCUGUUUGGUCUCCAAGGAGCAAAUCAUGGGCACUUUCAAAAUUGGUACUGUUCUCAAGAUGGUAUCUUGGCUUGUGGCAGCACUGGUGAUGUUAAUCAACGGUUACCUUUUAAUCGACUUUUUCUCCCAUGAAGUGAAUGGAGUAAUUUUUGCCACCGUGGUAUGCAUUUUCACUGGUGCAUAUGUAGCAUUCAUAAUUUACCUCGUUUCCAGGGGAAUCACCUUUGCUUCAUGGUGCUAUCCUCCUAAAAAUGUAGAAGGAAUCGAGUAACUAAACUACAGUUGCAAGAUAUUUUAAUCAUACAUUAUCGAGUGGCGCCAACACAUUGGAUAGAUGUGCACUUCUUCUGGAAUAACCUUUACGUUUUCAAGCAUAGAGUUUAUACCUCUUGAAUACUUCUGGGGCUAGCUGUGUACAAAGUUCACUUACUGUACUUCUGGGAACUUGUAGAGGGUGGCAAUGGCUGGAAGAAGCAUGGCUUGCAAACUAAGCAUGCUUUUUCAAUCAGCUGUAGUUACUAUACUGCAACUUUUGUUGGUAGAUAAGUUUGCUCUAAAUCAGCUUUGAACACUGUAAUGAAAUUAGAUAAUCAGAGCAUUUUUCCAUUUGGUUGACAA